GUCUUGGUUGUUAUGUCAAUAAUAUUUAUUUUUCGUUAUUUGUUCAAGGGCAGCAUAACAUGUUACCGCAGUAGUGCUGUGCGACGAGGACUACAUCUAAAAGCUUGCCAACCCCGACCAGCAAUGAAUAACAUUACCGACAUACACUACGGGCCACUGCCGGCGGAUUCGCCCUACGUGAAGCCGUUCCGCUUCCACUACACGCAGAACGGGAAGCAAAAGUCGUGGGACCUGCUGAAGGUGCACGAUUCGGUGUCGAUCGUGAUUUUUAACGUUACCCGGAAGAAGCUGGUUUUCGUCAAACAGUUCCGACCUGCCGUUUACCAUGGCAUCAUCAGUGGCGAUGGGGUGGAGCCGGGCAGCAUCGACAUGAAGAAGUACCCGCCGGAGCUUGCCGUCACGAUGGAGCUGUGUGCGGGCAUUAUCGAUAAACCGAUCUCCACGAUCGAAAUCGCCCGCGAAGAAGUACUGGAAGAGUGCGGCUACGACAUCCCGGUGGAGCGCAUCGAGGAAAUCAUUCGCUAUCGUUCGGGUGUCGGAACUUCCGGUGCCGAGCAGACGCUGUUCUACGCGGAGGUCACGGACGAGGACAAGAUCGCUACGGCCGGGGGCGGAGUGGACGACGAAAUUAUCGAUGUCGUUGAGUACGAUCUGGAGGAGGCUCGAAAGCUCACUGACAAGGGGACGGUAAUAACCAGCCCGCCGUCCUUCUUGUUCGGAUUGCUCUGGUUCCUGACGAACCGUGCUCCAAAGAACUAACGUACUGUGAUAGAGAGAGAGAGAGAGAGAUAUCCGGAGCCAUCCACAGGAGGCAUUUUCCGUUGUUUUGCGAAAGCAAAUAAAAUAACAUAACACUCACGUUCUCCUUCCAGAGCA